AUGCAGCAACUCCACCGUCACUUGCUUCAACUGCGCCAAGCGACUCUGCUGAGACUGAUUGCUUUGACGGCGACUUUCUUCAUCAUCUGCACUGCCAUCUCCUUCCUUUAUUUACAUGACAGCACCGUCGACCCCGUCCUCGAUGCCGGAGUGAAUCCCCCGAUCCCUGCCGGCGAGUUCAACGGCACCUGCUACACCGAUCUCGACAUCCUCCGAACCUACACCAAUGCCUCCACGGUGGAGUACGCGCGCUUGGAAAUCGCCGUCGCACCGACUCCCAACUUCACCAACUUCUCCGACUCCCUUGACGUGUCCUUCCCUGCCUACCACCCCGUUCGCCUGGAUACCGAGAGCACGCGCGAAGGCUUACAGGAAGAAAAAUGCUCUACGUCCCUAACGAUCCCCGGCCCCGUGGUAAGCGCUCCGGUCAAUGCGUCGCAUCUGAUCUUCGGAGUGGCAACUUCUAUCGAGCGACUACACAACUCUCUGGACGCAUUUGCUCACUGGGCGGCGGGCACGGGCGCACACAUUAUCGCCGUGAUCGAUGAAGGAGGAUCGCUGCGGACACAGACGGAGGAGCGGGCCAGGCAGCUGGGUCUGCGCCUGACGAUUAUCCAAAAAUGGGAUGAGGAGGUGCUGGACCGAUACUUCUCACUGGUGCGCAUUUUCCUCGAACACCGCGACGCGUCGACCCAAUGGACCGUCUUGAUCGACGACGAUACUUUCUUCCCGUCCAUGCAGAACCUGGUCGACCGACUGGCCUCCUACGACGCCACACGCCCGCAGUAUAUCGGUGCGCUCUCCGAAGACAUGUGGUACCUGUAUCUGGCCGGCCACAUCGCGUAUGGUGGCGCAGGAGUCUUCCUUUCCUUACCAAUGGUGGAGCGACUGGACAAGGUCUUCGACGACUGCUAUCUCUUUAAGGGCGCCGGCGACGGCAUGAUCGGGCAGUGCAUCUACGCGCACACGGAUACCAAACUCACAUGGGACCGCGAUCUCCACCAGCUCGACCUGCGCGGCGACGUGUCGGGUUUCUACGAGUCCGGGCGGCGCCUUCCGCUGUCCCUGCACCAUUGGAAGUCCUGGCAUCACACCAACAUCGCCGCACUGGGCAAAGUGGGCGCCGUGUGCGGCUCUGAGUGUGUGCUGCGACGCUGGCAGCUGGCGGACGGCUGGUACCUGAUCAACGGAUACUCGGUCAUUCAGUAUUCGCGCGAAUUUCUCGACCCGGCGGCGAUGGAGCAAACGUGGGAUGACAGCAAAUACGAAGGGUCGAAUCCGUUCGCGUACAGCCUGGGACCACUACGGGGCAAGGACCAGGACAAGAUUUCCUUCCGACUGAAGGAGGCCAUUGCGGACGGGCCAGACCGGGUGCGACAAAUCUAUUUGCGCGAGCGAGGCGAGACCGAAGCUCCUCAGGUCUUGGAGGUGGUCUGGAACCGAGCGUCAUGA